AUGGAUAUACCGGAACAGCUGAAGGUUAAACUAGAUUUCUACAAUAUCCGUGGAUUUCCAAGUGUCUUGGGAGCUGUAGACGGUACUUUGAUACCCAUUGAAACACCUUCCAUUGAUGAAUACCACUAUGUUUGUCGAAAUGGAUUUCACGCCUUGAACAUCCAAGGAGUGUGUGACGCUAACCUGAAAUUUCUCAAUAUUGUGGCAAAAUGGCCUGGUUCAACACACGACUCAUUUAGAUGGACAAAUUGUGGUCUCUCUGCUGCGUUUGAAGACAAAGAAAUGACUGGAGGAUGGUUGUUGGGUGACAGUGGUUACGGCUUGCGACCAUGGUUACUUACUCCAAAAUUGAAUCCAAGAACCCCCCUCCCGUACAGAAAGUAUAAUGUCUGUCACAAAUCUACACGCUGUGUAAUUGAACGUGCAUUUGGGUUAUGGAAGAUGAGAUUCCGCUGUAUCUACCGACCACUUCAUUUGGCAACGGAGAGAGCAGUUGCUGUUGUGAUUGCAACCGCAAUUUUGCACAAUAGAGAAAAAUCUCCCUUUGCCCGAGAUCGACGACAUGGAUGA